UAGUAAGUGCUGCUAUCAAUGAAGAGUAAAUUGCAUAAUGUGCUCCGCAACUUCCAGAUGAAAGUUGACAUUGCUCGACAGACAUUGAACCACAAUGUGGCAUGUGCUUUGGAAGAUAUUGCAGGGGCUGAUGGCACGGCGGAGUUUAAACAAUUGUUUCACAAAUGGUUUACCAUAAUAAACAGCAAGCGCCCCAUAACGGAUUUGAAGGAUGAAAAUCUGUUGUGGCUGAAAGACCACUUUAUUCCUUAUCUGAUGGAAUGGAGGAGUGAGGUGACAAACAUGCACCCGGGAGAAGAGAAGCGUAUUCUUGCAAAGCAAACGUUUGAAGGACUUCUCUUCAGCACCAACAACAUUUUACCUUUAACAAAGCAGUUGUUGCACUAUAUUGAUGGUGUUCCACUAGGCAACCUCACACAAGAUUGCCUCGAAGCCAUGUUUGGCAAUCUGAGACAAUACAUGCAUCGGAAUACAAAUCCUGAUAUAUCACAAGUUGGAUACGGAAUAAAUGCUCUUUCAAAGAGAAGAAUAAUUUCUAAAAUUAAAGGUGGCAACACCACUGGUUCACAUGGUGCAAUUAAUGCAUGGACGAAAGUUUGUAAUGAUCCUUUGGGUAAAAGAAAGAAAAAAACAUAAACACAUAAACAUUCAUUUUGAUAUAGUGGGGUGGGGAAAAUUGGGACAUAAAAUCAAUAUAUAUAAUAUAUACAUGACUAUGAUGACAGUUUUAUUUUUAAUUCGGAUCUUUUAUUUUAAAAUUGUUAAUAACCUAUGUAUAAUAUAUAUAAAUAUAUUAUGUAUAAUAAAGUUUAUUUAUAUAUUUUUGUUUCACAAAUUGGGUAGUACUACACCUUAUUGCCCUUAAACUACCUCUCGUUAAUUUGUCCAAGUGCAUGUGACUGAAUUUCAAAUAUAUUUGUUAUAGUCAUUCAGAUUAUAAAUCUUGUUAUUAUAUCAGUAUAUUAUAUUUGAAUUACUCAUUAAGGUGGAAAUUAUUGAAUUACACAUCAAAUCUUUUAAAGUUUGGCUUCAAAUGCCUAAA